AUGAUGGCGGCCGCCGUAGCCAUCCUGGCCGCGGUGGUCGACGCGCUCCCAGCUCUGCGCCGCCUCUUCGCCUUCAGCGCCGGCGACAAGACGAAGCGGACGCCGCGGCCCUUGCCUCCUGCAGGCUCCAUUGGUCUUCCGGUCGUCGGCCAGACGCUCAGCUUCCUGCGCGCCCUCCGCGCCAACACUGCCGAGGAGUGGCUCCGCCGUCGGGCCGCCGCGUACGGCCCGGUCUCGAGGCUGUCCCUCUUCGGCUGCCCGACGGCCCACGUCGUCGGCCCGGCCGCCAACAAGUUCCUGUUCGCCAGCGCCGCGGUGACGUCCAAGAGCUCCGAGUCCAUGGCGCGGAUGGUCGGCCGGCGCACGAUCCGGGACGUGCUCGGCGACGAGCACCGCCGCGUGCCCGCGUCAGGGCCAUGA